CCCUUUCCUUUUCGGCUCUGCAAACACAAAAAUGGCAGCAACAGCUAAAUUACUUUCACUUUCUUUCUUCUCCUCCAUUUCUUAUCCUAAAGAACUCACUCGCCACCAUCACCAACUAUGGCUAGGAGGACAGGCUCGAGCCCUAACAUUCCGCAAGAGGCAGCAAUCGCAGUCACAGGUGGGUCGAGUAGUCUCGCUUCACGAACACGUUUCUUCAUCUUCCUCUGCUUUAAUGGAACAGCUUCACCAUUAUAAUCAGAACCAAAACUCCAUCUUUUUAGUAGCAGAGAGUGCUGGUUACUCAUUGGCUAGCUAUUACACUUCAUUGGGUCUAUUCGUCAUCUCAGUCCCUGGGCUUUGGUCUCUCAUUAAGCGCUCUGUUAAGUCUAAGAUUGUGCAAAAGACAUUUAUAGGUGAAGGAGAAGGGAAGAAAGCACCGAAUCAAGUGGCUGGAGAGAUUUUGUCAUUCUUUACAAGAAAUAAUUUUGCUGUUGCUGACAGAGGAGAGACCAUCACGUUUGAAGGCAUGAUGGUUCCAAGCCGAGGUCAAGCAGCAUUGCUUACAUUCUGCACCUGCAUAAGCUUAGCAAGUGUUGCUCUUGUGCUUACUAUAACUUUUCCAGACUUUGGCAACAACUGGUUCUGGAUAACUAUUCUAAGUCCGUUAGCAGGAGCCUAUUACUGGAAGCAGGCAUCGAGAAAGGAGCAGAUCAAGGUUAAAAUGAUCGUUGCAGAAGAUGGGACCUUAUCGGAGAUCAUAGUUCAAGGAGAUGACCAACAAGUAGAGGAAAUGAGAAAAGAGCUUCAGCUUAGUGAAAAAGGCAUGGUCUAUGUGAAGGGCAUCUUUGAGAGAUGACAAUGAAGCUUAAAAGCUGAAGCGUCAAAUUCAUGCCAAUGGGGCUCAAUGGACUAGCAAUUAGGAAAUGUUGGUUCUCAGGCUUGAAAAUUUUGAUAAGCAUAUAGUUAUUCAUAACAUGUAACUUUUCAAAUAUAAUCAAUCAUUCAAAUUGUUUUGAGUUA